AUGGUCUGGCGGCUGCCUGGUGCCCGCUCUGCUCUUCCCACCGGCAUUGCCCUCCUCCUUCUCCCGCUCUGGGCCGCUCAGCAGCAGCAGCCUCUUGCCCACAACGUCGAACCUCUACAGGCUUAUAUCGGAAACAAUGCCCCCCUCCAAUCACACACUCAAGCACACUCACUCGCAAACACCAACGAUGCGAGCGCCAUAGAAACUGUUGCUCUGGCGGCCCCCAACCCCGCCGUUCGAGCACCUCCUGCCCGGCUCAACUCAAACGCUGGCCCGGGUCCGCAGCUCCAAGCGCGGUCCUUACAGGAUUGGGAGGUUGAGGACUUUGUCCUCUUGGCGACCGUCGAUGGAACUAUCCACGCGAGGGAUCGAAAGACAGGGGCCCCGCGUUGGGCACUCGAGGUUCCAAGCAGCCCGAUGGUGGAAACAAUCUAUCACCAGUCCAACCGGUCCGGUUUUGCCGAUGCGCAGCCGGAGGACGAUUUUAUUUGGAUCGUAGAGCCCAGCCGGGAUGGUGACCUUUACAUCUACAACCAGGCCCCCAAUGGCGGCCUUCAGAAAUUGGGUUUGACCGUGAAGGCUCUCGUUGACGAGACUCCUUAUUCCGGAACCGAUCCUCCCGUUACAUAUACUGCCAGAAAAGAAACUACCCUCUAUACCGUAGAUGCUCGCACUGGCACUAUUCUUCGCGUCUUCAGUUCUCGAGGCUCUGCUGCCGCAACAGAACAAAGUUGUCGACGUGUCAAUGACCUAGAAGCUCUCGAUGACGAGGAGUGUGAGACCAAAAAUGGCACGCUCACCCUUGGCCGACUCGAGUACAUAGUAACUGUCCAAAAUACAGAAACUGGAAAUCUUAUUUGCACCAUCAAAUAUUCUGAAUGGGGCCCGAACAACCGGGACGUUGACCUCCAAAGUCAAUAUUUCCGAACAAUGGACGAACGACACAUUUACAGUAUGCACGACGGUGUUAUCUUUGGGUUUGACCAUUCAAAAGUAGACGGACGUCGUUACACCCAACGGUUUACUUCUCCCGUGGCGCGUGUUUUCGAUGUUGCACGCCCUGCUCGCACUGACUCGCCCGAUACGCCCCUAGUUCUCCUUUCCCAGCCACGUAACCCUCCAGAUGACAGCUUUGGCGUUAAUACGCCAGAAGAUCGAGAGUCCCGUGUGUUCGUAAACUGUACCGAAAAUGGCGGCUGGUAUGCAAUGUCGGAAGCUUCAUAUCCAUUGGUCACAGGACGUGCAAGGCAAGCCGAAUGCUAUGAAAAGGACUACCUCAUGAACGAGAAACCUUUGAUGAGCCACAGCCUUGCCCAACAAAGGGCUGCUCUGGCUGGCGUACACUCUCUCAAUGAGCCUUCAGGCAAGUAUCAACGGACUAUUCCUAGUAUAUCUGGCCCCCCCGCCGAUUUAUCGAACGAUACCCCUCGAGAUAUUGCAAGAGUAUCACCCAAAUCGCCUCCCCAACCCACCAUUAGACCGGGUGUCCUUAUUCAAAAAGGGUGGGACAACGUCGUUGAUGUCGUGGUUACCCUCUGUCUCCUUACUUUUGGAACCUUUCUUUACCUGAACUCCCACACUUUACAGGAGCUUGCGAAACAGAAACUCGAUCUUAAAAAUGUCAUUUCUAUCAAUGGGAAACCUCUGUCUACCACACCCUCUACGCCAAUAAUCGCUUCAACGCCGACUCUCCCGUCGGAGUUUGGUACGGAUGGGAUACCAUCUUCACUUGACCCUGGCGUUACUGUCAACAUCACCGUCCCAACCCUCGACCAGGACGGUGAUGUGACGCCACGAUUGAAAUCACGGAAUUCAAGUGAGGAUAUUGAAUCCACACCGAGGGUCAGGAUACAGGACCCUGAUAAUAAUGAUGACAAGAAUGACGAUGUUGAAGAGCUAAAUCUCCUUCAGACGCCAGAGAAAACAAAGAAAAAAGCUCGCCGUGGAAGACGGGGUGGCGUGGCGCACAAGCGUGGCAAGAAGAACCAGAACCAGAAACAGAGCGAAGACGCAGAUGGCAAAAUAUCCACGGAGACACCGUCCGAUAAUGACCACACCGAGAUUGCGAGGCGGCCAGGGCUCGAGAGACAGCUUUCGAGGACCAUUUCAACAGAGAUGGUAGAAAUUGAUGGCUCGAUUAGAAUCGGCCAACUGAAGGUUCACACAGAUAAAGUUUUAGGCCAUGGCAGCCAUGGCACUGUGGUCUACAAGGGAUCCUUUGAUGGCCGGGAUGUGGCGGUAAAACGGAUGUUGGUGGAAUUUUACGAUAUUGCCUCUCACGAGGUUGGCUUAUUGCAGGAAAGCGAUGACCACAAAAACGUCAUUCGAUAUUUCUGUCGAGAGCAAACUGCAGGGUUUCUUUAUAUCGGUCUGGAGCUCUGCCCCGCCUCAUUACAGGACGUGGUGGAAAAGCCGCUUGAUUACCCCAGUCUUGUCAAUGGAGGGUUGGACGUACCCGACGUUCUGUGGCAAAUUACCGCUGGAGUCCGAUAUCUCCACUCGUUGAAAAUAGUCCAUCGUGACUUGAAGCCCCAAAAUAUUCUUGUGGCCGCGCCGAAGCCCCGAACCGGUUCGAGUUCGCUCAGAUUACUUAUUUCUGACUUCGGCUUGUGUAAAAAGUUGGAAGAUAAUCAAAGUUCCUUCAGAGCUACUACGGCACACGCCGCCGGGACAUCCGGUUGGCGCGCUCCGGAGCUUCUUGUUGACGACGACCAAACCGCUCCAAGCGGCUCAACCUGGGACAACCAGAGUGUCGACUCCUCAGACCCUGCAGUUGUUGACCCUCAGACGAACCGAAGGGCCACACGUGCCAUUGAUAUAUUCUCCCUUGGCUGUGUCUUUUACUACGUGCUCACUCGUGGGGGUCACCCGUUCGAUAAAGACGGCAAAUUCAUGCGUGAGGCGAAUAUUGUCAAAGGGUAUCAUAAUUUAGAUGACUUGCAGAAACUCGGAGACUACGCUUUCGAAGCGGAUGAUUUGAUCAGGCAAAUGUUAUCCCUGGAUCCACGCCGUCGGCCUGACGCUACCACCAUAAUGCUCCACCCAUUCUUCUGGUCCCCCGCAGACCGUCUGAAUUUCCUCUGUGAUGUAUCUGACCAUUUCGAAUUCGAACCCCGCGAUCCUCCCUCUGCAGAUCUACUCUGCCUUGAAUCGGUUGCCCCGGACGUCAUCGGAUUGGAAAUGGACUUCCUCAAGUUGCUUCCGAAGGACUUUAAAGACAGUCUCGGCAAACAGCGAAAGUACACCGGGUCGAAGAUGCUGGACCUUUUGCGCGCUCUCCGAAACAAACGCAACCAUUACAACGAUAUGCCAGAACAUCUGAAAGCCAACAUUGGAGGGUUACCGGUUGGCUAUCUCCAAUUCUGGGCUCUGCGAUUCCCUAGCCUGUUGAUCAAUUGUCAUUGGGUCAUUUUGCAACUGGGCCUAACGAAGGUGGAGAGGUUCAAGCGCUACUUCACGCCGCCUGCGUGA